CAGUGCUGGCUGUCCACACACACACACACACACACACACACACACACACACACACACACACACGAACACAAACGUCAUGCCGUUACAGAACUCAAAUACACACACAGGCAUGAUCGCAUACUGAAACACUCACCACUUAAACAUACCUCCUGAGAGUGCACUCCCUUCGGCAGAUACACACUUCCCCCUGAACCAGAUGCCUCUGUUAAAGGUGGAGGACAUACUGAUUUGAGGAUUUAACUUGGCUGUCUCCGUAAAAGGGGAGUGAGAACAAGACAGAGAAGGAUUUAUUUGGGGACACCUUCCGCCACAGGAAAUGGUAAACUUGUCAGCAUGACACGUUGUCUGGAUUCCCCUCUCCACCUCAGGCAAAAAUCCUGAAAAUGAUGGAUGACAACAAGCAGUUGGCUCAACGCAUCGAUGGUGCCAUCCAGUCCGCCAGUCAGGAGGUGACAAACCUGCGGUCAGAGCUGAGCGCCACCAGCAGCAGACUGGCCGAGCUGGGGGCUACCGACUCCGGCAUGGUCGAGAUCCUGCAGCACAACCACAACGAUCCCUCCUCCCAGCCGAGGCAGAAGCUGCCAGCCACUGACCCCUGCUACAAGUCUGACAUCAGCAGUUUAAUGGACUUCAACUCUCCGGAUGCUUCCCUAGACAAAGUCCUGCUGCGUGAGGAGGUUGCCCAGCUCCAAGAGGAAGUGCACCUGCUGCGGCAGAUGAAGGACAUGUUGAAUAAGGACCUGGAGGAGACCCAGGGAGGCUGCUCGGCCGACGUGCUCUCAGCCACCGAACUCCGUGUGCAGCUGGCCCAAAAGGAGCAGGAGCUGGACCGAGCCAAGGAGGCUCUGCAAGCCAUGAAGUCGGACCGAAAGCGUCUGAAGGCGGAGAAAGCAGAUCUGGUGAACCAGAUGCAGCAGCUUUACGCCACACUGGAGAGCCGGGAGGAGCAGCUCCGAGACUUCAUACGCAACUAUGAGCAGCACAGAAAAGAGAGCGAGGAUGCGGUGAAGGCGCUGGCGAAAGAGAAGGACCUGCUGGAGAGAGAGAAGUGGGACCUGCGGCGGCAGACAAAGGAAGCAACGGAGCACACAGGGAUGCUGCGCUCCCAGCUCGACCUGAAGGAGAAUCGCAUCAAAGAGCUGGAGGCUGAACUGGCCAUGAUGAGUAACUGUGUCAAUCAGAGAAUGGAGUUCCGGGUGUUUGAGCGGGUUGCAGACAGGGACUACUCUCCUAGGUUCAUGGCGGCCAAACAGUCACUAUCCACCCUGACCAAGGAUGUGCCCAAGCGUCACUCUCUGGCCAUGCCCACAGAAACGGUUGUCAACGGAAACAACCAGGAGUGGGUGAUGCAUGCGGACCUCCCCCUGACCGCUGCCAUCAGACAGAGUCAGCAGACCCUGUAUGUUCACACAGGACAUCCUACUGACAGACAAGUGGCUGCCGUGCGUGUAAGCCCUUGUCACUCACGUCAGCCCUCCAUCAUCUCUGACGCCUCGGCUGUGGAGGGAGACCGCUCAUCUACACCUAGUGACAUCAACUCACCACGCCAUCGGACUCACUCCCUCUGCAAUUCCCUAGAAGAUCUGGAGGAGGCGAAGCGUAAGAAGAAGAAAGAGAAGAUGGGGCUGGGCUCUCUGUCGCGCGUCUUUGCCCGGGGAAAGCAGCGCAAAUCCCUCGACCCUGGUUUGUUUGAUGACUCAGACAGCCUCUCCAGCCCCACCAGACACAGCCUCAGCCUGUCAGACGGCUCAGAGGACCAGCUGGACCGCCUCCAGCAGGUGGAGCUAGCCAGGACCACACCCAUGUCCCUGUGGAGGGCAGGCACUGUGCAGGCCUGGCUGGAGGUUAUCAUGGCGAUGCCCAUGUACAUCCGCACAUGCUCUGAAAAUGUCAAGAGUGGAAAGGUCUUACUUGGGUUAACAGAUGAAGACCUGGAGAUGGGUCUAGGGGUCAGCAGUAUAAUGCAUCGCCGCAAACUCCGCUUGGCCAUUGAGGAUUACAGGGAUGCUGAGAACGGUAGAGGGCUGUCCAAGGCUGCAGAUAUGGACCACCACUGGGUGGCCAAGGCCUGGUUAAGUGACAUAGGUUUGCCUCAGUAUUCUCAAGCCUUUCACAACCACUUGGUAGACGGACGCAUGCUGAACUCUCUGACACGUCGUGACCUUGAACGCCACCUCAACAUCACCAAGAAGUUCCACCAAGUCAGCUUGCUUCUAGGUAUCGAACUGCUGCACUUACUCAAUUUUGACAAGGAGGCUCUGCAGGCUCGCCGUGUACAGUGUGAACACCAGAACGUAGAUCCAUUGGUGUGGACCUCCCAUCGGGUUGUGAAAUGGGUCAAAGAUAUUGACCUUAAGGAGUUUGCUGAAAAUCUUUUGAACAGUGGAGUUCACGGCGCUGCCAUGGUGCUUGACCCUACUUUCAACACUGAGACCAUGGCAACAUCACUGGGGAUCCCAAGCAACAAGCACAUGGUGAGGAGGCACCUUGUUGAGGAGAUGAAAAUACUGAUUGGCCCAGCCAGGACAGAUGCCAAGCAGGACUACGAGGGUCUAGGUCUUGGAACGCCACCAACCCUCCUUCGCCAAAACUCCCUGGUUAGACCGCCCAGCUCUACUGGACGAAACACUGAUGAUGACGGCUCGCUCAGAAGGAGGGCUGUGAAGCCUCCAACAGGAUUUAGCCCCAAAGCACGCAAUGGGAGGGACCUGAGUUGCCAUAGCAGCUAUGGCUCCCUGCCUCGAGAUGUUGGAGACCAAACUCCCCCCAGAGCCGAGGGAAGCCCUAUCCGAGGUUUCACCAGCAUCGAGGUCACCAACGUGUGAUGACCUUACAGGAGGGGCGGACAAACACAAGUCAUCAGCAUCAGCGUCAUUACAGACAAAUCUACAUCAUGGACAUUUGUCUUCCAUGUUACGGUUAUCUUUUGUAAUAAUGAGCCUUCACAGGACAGAUUGCACUUUUUAAAGGGACAGGAAUCUAUUUUACAAGUUUCCUGGUUUCAGAAAAGAAAAAUUACGAGACACUUUUUGGGCAAAUGUAUUUUGCUGUUUUCUUCCCCAAUGCCAGAAUCAGAAGAUGCAGGAUUCAAGCUAGAUGAUUAUUUUUGUAUUUUCUUUGAGUAAAUGUAUUCUUGUGAACCAGGAUGUUGUUUGGCAAUUUGUUUUUGACAAAUAGUCACUAUUGACUGACAGUCUGUUUCUAUGAGAUCACAGUUUUAAAACUGUAAUACUGAGACUUGUUGACUCAGUGAAAAAAGUUUUAUGAGUGUAAAUUGUUAGUUUCAUUCAAUUCUGCUGUUUGUGAUGCCUUGUCAACGUAGCUGAGGACAGUGGACAAAAAAAGGACUUGAGUUGAAUUUUAAAUUCUAGGAUAUGUUUGUUAGUCAUUUUUCAUCUUGCACACUUACACAGUCGUGUCUAAAGAAAUGUAGCACCCUAUUCUGAUUUAUACUGUGCAGUAAACAUUGAAAAAUAUUAGAAUAAUGCCAAGAAAAGAUGACCACAGUGCUGUGUGUCCAUGGAUGGUGUGUGGAUGUAUAUUUGUGACAUUGAACUAUUUCAUUUUAAUAAAAUAAAGAUGACAUCUCAUAUUUAGGAGUCAUGUGACCCUAAUCUUCAGCAGAGAAUUCAAUAAAAACAUGUUUUAAAAGAA